CUGUGUAUAAUACACAUGUUUGUUGGCGCCGACAGAUCAUACACCGGAAAUUAUCUUAUUCUCACCUGGAAAUCCGUCCAGACAGGUGUGUUACCGUGCAGACUUUUGAAGAAAUCUGAUACCAGAAUCCAAACAGGAUGGCUGAACCAUGUCAUAGAUGUACAAAACUGGUGUAUCAUGCAGAAGAAGUUCGUGCCUUAGGAAGGAAGUGGCAUAAACUCUGCUUUAAGUGUGCUGAGUGUAACAAACUACUGGACAGCACUACCGGUACUGAACAUCAGGGGGAGGCGUUCUGUAAGGCCUGCUACGGAAAGAACUUUGGACCAAAGGGAUAUGGCUUCGCAGGUGGUGCUUCAGGCCUUUCUGCCAACAGUACUACCAAGUAUGGACAGUCGGAUGGAGAGGAUCAUUUUGGGCAAGCUGUAUCGGCUCCACUACGUCAAGCACCGGCCAGGUGGGCUGCACGUGAUGCGUGUCUGCGUUGUGGACACACGGUCUACUACGCAGAGGAGGUUCGUGCGAUGGGGCGCAAAUGGCACAAAAUCUGUCUCAGUUGUGGGCAUUGUGGGAAACCUCUGGAUAGUUCCACUUGCACUGACCAUGACGGCGAUAUCUUCUGUCGCAGCUGUUACAGCAAGCUUUUCGGUCCCAAGGGUUACGGCUAUGCUGGGGGAGCAGUGCUGCUCUCCAUGGACACGGGACGUCCCUACGAGAUCACAAUGGAGAAUGUUUCCCACUAUGCCCAGGCCCAGGCGGCCCCUGUGAUGAACGGUGGAGGUGGAAGUCGGUUUGGGGGUGGAGAGAAAUGUCCACGCUGUAAUAAGACUGUCUACCACGCGGAGGAGGCACGUGCUAACGGCAAGAAGUGGCACAAACUCUGCCUCAAAUGUGCUAAGUGUAAUAAGAUGUUAGACAGCACCACCUGUACUGAUCAUGAAGGAGAGGCAUACUGUAAGGCCUGUUAUGGCCGCCUCUUUGGACCAAAAGGAUACGGUUUUGCUGGCGGGGCAUCAGGACUUUCCAUGGAUACUGGCAGAGCAGGGGAGAUCACUACCGAGAAUGUGUCACAUCUGGCCAUGGCACAGGCUGCCCCACUGAUAGAGGGAAACAACCCAAAGCCCAAGUAUGGAGGUACGGACAUGUGUGGUCGCUGUGGCAAGCAGGUGUACUUUGCUGAGCAGGCCAUUGGAGGGGGAAAUAUCUACCACAAGGCCUGUUUUAAGUGCACUACGUGUGGGAAGAAUCUCGACUCCACAACACUGACACAAAAUGAAGGAAGUAUCUUCUGUAAAGCUUGCUAUGGGAAACAUUUUGGACCAAAGGGAUUUGGGUUUGGCCAGGCACUUCAACACACUGCCUAGAUAUACUAAGACAGAUUUCCUGUAACCCAUUUUGGGGACCAACUCGGGGACCAGCAACAGACUACAAAACCAGAUUUCACACCUCCCAGACAAACCCAUUGUUAUUAAGAAAAUACUCAUUUAAAAGUGUUCCUCAGCUAUCAGUUUUUGCUAAAUUUUCUGCAAGUAAAAAAUGUACUGUAUUUUGAGAGAGGAAAUUGAAGAUUUUGAAGAUCAGCCACCAAGUUUUUAGUUGAUUGUUACAUAACUCAAAAUAUCUUUUUAGUUGGUUCAAUUCUGGCUUGUUUUCGUAAAAAAAACACUACUUGAAUUGUAUUUUUACAAUUUAUUUAAAACUUAUAUGUAUUUGUUAACUGACCAAUCAAAUCUUUUGCAAUUUUUCUGUACUUUUUUGCAGAAAUUAUACUUACAGAGAUGACAUAAAUGGUGUUUUAUAUUAUUUUUUAUGUCGCUUGUUUAUAGUAGAGAACCUGGUCCACUCUGCCAAUAUAUAUAAGAUAACUUUUAUUUGACACAAUGUCAGCAACAUUAUUAAGAUGACAUUUUAGAAACAACUUUCAUCACAAAUACAUUGAGCUGCAAGAGGACACAUUAUUGUUCAUGUAUUCUUGUAUCAAGAUUAUUUCUAUUAUGAAGAAAUGUUAUAAACACAAUAAUAUAGAUAGAGUGGAAUUUUGUUAGCCCAGAAACUUUAAUCUUUAAUUAAAAAAAAAACAUCGAAAUAAUGAAUAAUGGAGAAAUCAUAGAAACAUCAAUAUCAAAUUAGAUACUGGACUAUUGCUGAACAUCUUAAAUAUUGUUUUAUGGAUACUAGUAUGCAGAUAUCAAUGUAACAGAGCGCAUGAUUAAUUAAAUAUAAAUCACUGCCUCCGCACGGGACCUCUGGCUUACCAGUCUUA